GUCACAGAGCUUAGGCCCUGUGGUUUUAGGUGUCCGUCUUUGGAAAUGCCUGACCUGAGUUACCUGAGGUUACCUAAAGUUAGUAGAGAGUAAUACAGAGGCAGAGAGACCUAGGUUUUGGAUUUCGCCGGGCUUGAUCUGACAGGAACGACGGGAGCUCAGCCGGGCCGGCCUGUCCGAUUCCUUCAGUUAUUUCCUCUCCUUCACUUCUAUUCAUCAACCUUUCAAGCUAGAAUAUUCAUCUUCUCUUUGUGCCCUGGGAUUCUUUGUCUUGUCAACACGCCUACGGACGCCAACCUACAGCGAUAUAAGCCUUAUUAGCCUACCAUUUCCCCAGCUCAGCCCCGCUCACCCGUCAGCUGCAAACCCCAAAGCUUCAAGCCACUUGACGUCGCAAUAGUUGCAGUGUCCGUAUCAGCUUUUGCAUGAUGCCGCGUCCUAAGAAGAGCUCUUCGGUGAGCAGAUCUCACCGCUCAACAUUAUCUUUGUCCAAAACUGAGAUCACUAUACAUGUCUAUGAUCUACUGCCGCCCGGCCGAUUAUCGUCGGUAUUAUGGACAGUAGGCGCCUCACUACUUCACUCAGGUGUCGUGAUCAACGGGAGGGAAUACGCCUAUGGCGGACAUGAUAAAAGAGGCCUUACAGGUGUAUACUGGACAAAGCCCCGGACCGAACCGCCCGGAGGCACAUUUCGAUGCGAGAUCCUGCACGGAUUCACUCUUGCGACAGAAGACGAGAUUAAUGCGACUCUGCAAUCUGCCUCUGAAGAGUUUCUGGGCACUUCAUACAAUCUUCUCACCAAGAACUGCAAUCAUUUCACCUCUUAUCUUUGCAAGAGGCUUACAGGACAGUCGGGUCCAGCAUGGUUGAAUCGUGCCGCCAGUAUUGGAGUUGCGCUCCCUUGUGUCGUCCCUCGAGAUUGGAUUGAACCACCCGAAUAUGACACCAGCGAAGGUGCCCUGUUGGACGAUUACGACAAUUCGAACGAGAAUUCUCAUAUGUUGAAAGCGACGCAUCCCCAUCUGCUAAUGGAAAGCAACGAUAGCAACGAGGAUGACGAGUGGGAUAGCGCAGAAGAAAGACGACAAGGCGGUAGCGGGAAAGGCAAGCAAGCCCUCCGCGAUUCCGCCGGGCGCCGUUUACCACCAGCUGAAAGGGCCAUCCGAUGAUAGAGUAUAAAUGAGGCUUCGGUGUUGAGUGGAGUUUUGGCGUUUCGAGGUACCGUUUCCAUGGAUUAGCACGAUACCAAUGACUUUACAGUCCAGGAACAGAUCAUUCGUUUGGGAACUUGCAA